UGUGUGUUGAGCAGUUACCUCCAUAGUGAGAGUGUCGCUAACCACUGGAUCGUGAAACGGGAAACACAAUACAUCCUCGAGAGGGAACCACGCGCGAUCUCGCCCCUCGCGGACCUGAAGAUUAGUUUUAUUUUAUUUUUGAAUGUUCUUCGGUACAGGUUGAAAGCGGUGCAGCCGGUCCAGAAGCGAGCAUUAUGCAUUCAGACUGCAGGCUGCUAUGGGCAGAGCGGUAAUGGUGGGCAGGGGACCGACAGGGGCCGGGGUCCUCGUCCUGUCGAUUCUCAUCAUUCUCACCACGGAGGGCUGUCGAGCUCAGAAAGGUGAUGGCUGUGGCCCCAGUGUGCUUGGCCCCAGCAGUGGGACUCUGUCCUCUCUGGGUUAUCCAGGGACAUACCCAAAUAACACGGUGUGUGAGUGGGAGAUCAGCGUGCCUCGCGGAAAUAGGAUCCACUUUCGCUUUGCUGAGCUGGACAUAGAAGACAGUGACUGCCAGGUCAACUACCUCCGCCUCUACAACGGCAUCGGACAAGAGAGGAGCGAGAUUGUGAAGUACUGCGGUUUGGGUCUGAAGGUGAAAGAGCUUAUCGAGUCCACUGGCAACCAGGUCACGGUCCAGUUCAUGAGUGGGACCCACACCACGGGACAUGGAUUCUACCUGUCCUACUCCACCACUGAACACACAGAUCUAAUCACCUGCUUGGACAAAGGAACUGACUUCCCAGAGGCAGAGUUUAGUAAAUUCUGUCCAGCGGGCUGCUUGACAUCCACUGAGGAGAUUUCUGGAACUAUACCCAAUGGAUACCGAGAGUCGUCUCCUCUGUGUGUGGCAGCCAUCCAUGCAGGUGUAGUAUCCAACGCUGUGGGAGGGAAGAUCAGCGUGGUCAGCAGCAAAGGCAUCCCUCACUAUGAGAGCACACUGGCUAACAAUGUCACUUCCACUGGAGGAACUUUGUCAAACAGUCUCUUCACCUUCAAGACCAACGGCUGCUAUGGAACUCUGGGAUUACAGUCCGGCGGUGUUGCAGACACUCAGCUCUCUGCUUCGUCUGAGUGGGAGUGGAACAACAUCAUUGGUCAGCACAGUGUGUGGGCGUCAUCAGGGGCACGGCUAAAAAAGGAGGGGCUGCCUUGGGCGCCUUCUCAGAGUGACCAACAGCAGUGGCUGCAGGUCGAUCUGAAGAGGGAGAAGAAGAUCACAGGCAUCACCACCACCGGCUCUACCCUGAGGGAAUACCCGUACCAUCUUUCAGCAUACCGGGUCCGGUACAGUCAUGACGGCCAGCAGUGGUACGGCUACAAAGAACCUAAUUCUACACAAGACAAGAUUUUCCGAGGCAACACCAACUACCUGGAUGAGGUCAGGAAUAACUUCAUCCCUCCAAUCAAGGCCCGCUUUGUGAGGAUAAAUCCAACCUCAUGGAACCAGAGAAUCGCUCUCAAGUUGGAGCUGCUUGGCUGCCAAGUUCCUACAGUGAGGUGGACCCCUGAACCGAGGUCCCCCUCUCGUUUCACUCCACCUCCCGUCAAUAAAAAACGGCCACCUCAGCUUAACCAGACCACACACACCCCAGAUAUCAGAAACACCACUAUGCCUCCUCACACAGGCAAAGAUGUGGCCCUGGCAGCAGUUCUGGUGCCCGUGUUGGUCAUGGUUCUGACUGCUCUCAUCGUGAUUGUGGUUUGUGCGUGGCACUGGAGGAACAGAAAGAAGAGUUCUGAAGGAAUGUAUGAUCUUCCACACUGGGAUCGUACAGACUGGUGGAAAAGCAUGAAGCAGCUGCUGCCAUCCAAGAUGGUGGAGACGGACGAUUCAGUUCGGUACAGCAGCAGUGAGGUGGGCCGGAUAACUGGGAGAGGUGCUGUACCCCGACUACACGCUGAGCCUGCAGAAUACGCCCAGCCCCUGGUGAGUGGUGUUACAACAUUGGGUGCGCGAUCAACCUUUAAACCAGACGAGGGGCCUGACCCAGGAUACACAGAUCCUGACCUGUACGACGCCCCCAUCUCACCAGACAUGUACCACGCCUAUGCAGAACCCCUGCCAGCUUCAGGAGCUGAAUAUGCUACACCUAUUGUGGUGGAUAUGGGCUGCCACCCAUCAGGGGGCUCCUCUUUGAACCAGCCUUCCACAGUGUGUAGUUUCAUGGGUGCUGGGCCCACCUCCCUGCUCACACGGACAGACAGUGGCCACUCAGGGAGGUUGGCGUAUGAUACGCCCAAAAAUGCCACUGGACAGGCCACGCCUACUGAGGACCUGACCUAUCAGGUGCCUCAGAGUAGCACUCAGAAGCAGACGGAACAGAGCUAAAGAGCUGUGAGUCGGGAUGCACAUGGCCUUAAUCUGCCCCUCUCUGCCACCGCAACCUAACAGGCAAAGAGGGUUGAUAGAAGAGGAGGAGGUGUGAACCUGUGAGCCCUGGAGACGGGGCUCGAGCCUUGAAUGAACACUACCUUAGCUUUAGAUUCAUCUGGAGAUGUCUGUAUUGCCUAAUUGUUUCUGCAUGGCCACAAUUUGCUUGUGUAGUGCCAUUACAGUCCUAUCACUGAAACCACAAAGAUGAAUGUGUUUGUGCCAGACGUGAGAGUCAAAGUUGGAUGGACGGAGGAUGGGGGAAAAAAAAGAAGAGAGCUGACUACUAUUUGAUAAAGACUUUGUCCCUGUUCUGUGAUUUUUAACUAGUUCAUGCAUUAUUUGAAACUGUGAUUUCCAUUAUUCCAUUAUUAUUCUGUUACAUACUGAACCAGGUUCAACUGAACUGUAUACGGUGAGUUACAUUCUUCAAAUCUGAGGGUGAUCUUAUUGAAUUGAUUGCAUGUUACGUAGCCCUCACCCAAGGUCAAAGAAUUCCUCCUUUCUUGAGAAACUCUAGUUUUCCACGGUACGUUUUGUCUUACCUUGUUUUAAAAGCAUGACUUGAAAUUGUGUAUAGUUCUUGUAAUUCCAUUAUUGCAAACCUGUUAAAAUUCUCAAAUGAU